AUGAACAAGCCUCGGACUCAGAGGCCCAAACCUCCACCUUCUGGUCGCACAAACCUCGCCUCCUGCAUCGUCGCCACAAUCUUCCUAAUUUUCGUCGUCAUCGUCAUCCUCAUAGUCUACUUCACCGUCUUCAAGCCCAAAGACCCCAAAAUCUCCGUCAGCGCCGUCCAGCUCCCUUCCUUCUCCAUCCAAAACUCCACCGUCAACUUCACCUUUGCCCAAUACGUCGGCGUUCGGAACCCGAACAGGGCAGCUUUCAGCCACUUCGACAGUAGCCUUCAGCUUCUUUACUCCGGAAACCAAGUCGGGUUCAUGUUCAUACCCGCCGGCAAGAUCGAAGCGGGUCAGACCCAGUUCAUGGCCGCCACUUUUGCAGUUCAGUCGUUCCCGGUUAACGAUCCGAAUCGGGCAGUCGGGUUGGUCCAGAACCCGUUGGGGCCCACGUUCGGGGACGGGUACAGUGGGUUGAGUGGCGCCGGCGGACCCACGAUGGAGAUUGAGUCGAGGUUGCAGAUGGCGGGUCGGAUUCGGGUCAUGCACUUCUUCACUCACCAUGUGGAAGCUAAAUCUGGGUGUAGAGUUGUGAUUUCUGUGAAUGAUGGAUCUGUGUUGGGUUUUAAUUGUUAG